ACAGCGCCUAUCACAGGCAUUGUGGGUCAGUGCCGCCGCCAUAUUGGCCCGGGCAGCUCUUUGUCAGAACUAAUAGACUGGUCUGGAGAAAAUAUGCCUGAUUCGUGUGCUGCUUGGGGCUGCAAAAACCGCCGCACAAUCCAAAGCAGAUACCGGGGAAUUACUUUUCACAAGUUUCCUAAGGAGAAAGCAUUGAGGAGGCAGUGGGAAAUAGCCACCAGAAGGAAAGGUUUUUCCGCCAGCGACUGCUCUGUGCUGUGCAGUGAGCACUUUAAGCCACAGGAUGUGGACAGGACAGGUCAGAUUGUCAGGAUUCGAGAAGGAGCCAAGCCGUCUGUCUUCAGUUUCCCAGCUCAUCUGCAAAGACCAGUGGCACCCAGGAAAACAAGAACAUCAAGGAAAGCUGAAGAGAGGCCGCAAAUGGAUUGUUCUCAGCAGUUACAAGAGACUAAACCUCUGCCUAAUGUAGACCACUCCUAUGCAUUGCCUGCAGAUCCCAAUUAUAUAAAUGCCAAACACCGUGAACCAUUUGAUAAAUUUCAAAGACCGGAAAGAGACAUGAGGAACGUGAAGAAACGAGAACAGAGGGCAAAGAACAUGGUGCUGGCUCUUCUAGAAGACCUGAAUGGAAAGAACUUCAUAAACGACGAGUUGAAACACAAGCUCAAUUUCUACUCAGGGAAAAUGAAAAUAAAAAGUUGAACUGUACGGUGGAUGAGUUCCAUGGAUGCCAAGCCUGGUGUUAAAAUGAUGAUGUGAUAUAUGUUGAUAUGUAUAUUUGAUUUGUCUAUAGUUCCGGUGCAGUGGUUUGGUGGGAAGAGACUUUAGUCUUCAGUUUUGUGUGAUAUUCAUUUAUUUUGUGACAGUUUGUCAGCCAUAGCCUAGUCAUGCCUUUUUGUCUAUUUUUAAAUAUGGUGCAUACAGGAAUGGAUAAAUAUGAAAAGAAAAAAAAAGGUAUAUUGUAAUAUUACAAUAAUAUCCUCUGAGAAAUAUUUAAAGUGUGCAGUAAAUUAAAAAAAUAUGUAUUUUCAAAAAUUCUGUUUUUCUGACUGCAUUGUAAUACAGUUAGCAUUAAACUUAAAUUCAGGAACUGUUAUGGUAUCUUUGAUUUUGAAAAAAAAAAAAAUGAUACAAGGGUCUUCAGUGUAUUUGAUGGCUUUUUGAGUUUAGAUAUGGGGGUUAUAAUUUAGUAAUUUUGAGAAAUAUAUUUCAGGAAAUAUGUUUUUGCAA